AUGUAUAUUUAUAAGGUAAAUGUAUGUUUUUAAUAAUAAUGCAGCAGCUUGAAUGUAAUUACAACAGCAUGAAUGACAAUACUAUUCUCCUAUACGAUUGUAUUCUCUUCCAUCAACUCAGAAAACUCUGUCCAACAGCCAAGAUAGGUGUUCCUGACUCCAGAUAGUUUUUUGUUUGUUUUUAAUCUAUGUUUUAAGUGAGAAGUAGGCAUUGGUCUGAAGCUGAAAAAGAAAGGAGAUUCACAUGACCACCCCAAUGCCUCCUCCACCCAUGCUCCACCAAGGUUCACCCCAAUGCCUCCUCCACCCAUGCUCCACCAAGGUUCACCCCAAUGCCUCCUCCACCCAUGCUCCACCAAGGUACACCCCAAUGCCUCCUCCACCCAUGCUCCACCAAGGUUCACCCCAAUGCCUCCUCCACCCAUGCUCCACCAAGGUUCUCCAGCACACUGCCUUGACCUACUACAGUAGCUAUGUUGGUCCUAUUGUACUUCAAUGUGUAGGCAGAUUGCUUAGGGUUCAAACCUUCUCAAAUAUUUGUAUUAUUAGUAGUAGUAUUGCUAUAUUGCAGUAAUGACCAACAAAGGCUAGUGCCUAUCAUACCCAACAAAUGACAGCAAUAGGCUAAUGUUAUUUAUUUUACAACAGACCUACUUAUAACCUUAUUAUCUUAAACUAAAUAUGGAGCACACAAAUAAAAAGACAGAUCAAAUGUAAUUUAGCCAAUGAAAAUGUCUCAACAGAAUUAAAGAAAACAGGUUUUGCAUAUUUAAAGAACUGGUUUUGAUUAAUAAAUAUGCUUAAAUAUAAUAACAAUGAUAUACAAUAAUAAUGAUAAAACAAAUUAUUAUAAAUAAAUGUAAGUCCUACCUGAGUAGGGACUGGCCACUAUCAUCUUAGUCCACUACAAUAUUACAACUUAUAUUAAAUUCCCCUUGUAGGCUUUUCACUGCAGGCAUAGUCUAUCUUUAGUUUUACUUCAAUGAAAACGGCCUCCAUCUUCACAAUCAGCAGUGGCCAAGGCUCCUCCCUCUCUCUCUCUCUCCUCAGCAGCAGGCACACGUGUGUGCAAGGCGUGAGAGAAUGGUGCUGAAGAGGGAAUUCAGGGUGUAGACUAUGAUAGACAGCCUCUCCUGGGGUGUAGACUAUAUAGACACCUCUCCCUGGGGUGUAGACUAUAUAGACAGUCUCUCCUGGGGUGUAGACUAUAUAGACAGUCUCUCCUGGGGUGUAGACUAUAUAGACAGUCUCUCCUGGGGUGUAGACUAUAUAGACAGCCUCUCCUGGGGUCUCCUGGGGUGUAGACUAUAUAGACAGCCUCUCCUGGGGUGUAGACUAUAUAGACAGUCUCUCCUGGGGUGUAGACUAUAUAGACAGCUCUCCUGGGGGUGUAGACUAUAGACAGCCUCUCCUGGGGUGUAGACUAAUAGGACAGUCUCUCUGGGGUGGUAGGACUAUAUAGACAGCCUCUCCUGGGGGUGUAGACUAAUAGACAGCCUCUCCUGGGGUGUUUAACUAUAUAGACAGCCUCCCCGGGGUCUCCGGGGGUUUGUAGACUAUAUAGACAGCCUCUCCUGGGGUGUGGGACUAUAUGGGACAGCCUCUCCUGGGGUCUCCUGGGGGUUAGAUAUAUAGACAGCUCUCCUGGGGUGUAGACUAUAUAGACAGUCUCUCCUGGGGUGUAGACAUAUGGGACAGUUUUCCCUGGGUCUCCUGGGGGUGAAGACAUAUAGACAGCCCUCUCCUGGGGGGUAGACUAUAUAGACAGCCUCUCCUGGGGUGUAGACUAUAUAGAACAUCCUUCCUGGGGUGUAGACUAUAUAGACAGCUCUCCUGGGGGGACUUAAGACAGCUUCUCCUGGGGUGGACUUUUAGACAGUCCCCGGGUUUUGGGGUGUAGACUAUAUAGACAGUCUCUUCCUGGGGUGUAGACUAUAUAGACAGUCUCUCCUGGGGUGUAGACUAUAUAGACAGUCUCUCCUGGGGUGUAGACUAUAUAGACAGUCUCUCCUGGGGUGUAGACUAUAUAGACAGUCUCUCCUGGGGUCUCCUGGGGUGUAGACUAUAUAGACAGUCUUUUCGGGGUGUAGACUAUAUAGACAGUCUUCCUGGGGUGUGUAACUAUAUAGACAGUCUCUCCUGGGGCUCGGGUGUAGACAUAUAGACAGCCUCCCUGGGGUGUAGACUAUAAAAGACAGCUCUCCUGGGGUGGGUGGACUAUAUGGGAAAAGCCUCUCCUGGGGUCUCUGGGGUGAACUAUAUAGACAGCCUCUCCUGGGUGUAGACUAUAUAGACAGCUCUCCUGGGGUGUAGACUAUAUAGACAGCCCUCCCCUGGGGUGUAGACUAUAUAGACAGUCUCUCCUGGGGUUAGACUAUAUAGACAGCCUCUCCUGGGGUGUAGACUAUAUAGACAGUCUCUCCUGGGGUUUCCUGGGGUGUAGACUAUAUAGACAGUCUCUCCUGGGGUGUAGACUAUAUAGACAGUCUCUCCUGGGUCUCUGGGGUGUAGACUAUAUAGACAGUCUCUCCUGGGGUCUCCUGGGGUGUAGACUAUAUAGACAGUCUCUCCUGGGGUGUAGGACUAUAAGACAGUUUCCUGGGUGUAGAGACUAUAAGACAGUCUCUCCUGGGGUGUAGACUAUAUAGACAGUCCUCUCCUGGGGUGUAGACUAUAUAGACAGUCUUCCUGGGGUUGUAGACAUUUUAGACAGUCUCUCUGGGGUGUAGACUAUAUAGACAGUCUCUCCUGGGGUGUAGACUAUAUAGACAGUCUCUCCGGGGUGUGUAGACUAUUAGACAGUCUCUCCUGGGGUCUCCUGGGUUAGACAUAUGACAGUCUCUCCUGGGGUUAGCUAUAUAGACUCUUCUGGGUGUAGACUAUAUAGACAGCCCCUUCCGGGGGUUUGUAGACUAUAUAGAAAACCUCUCCUGGGGUAGACUAUAAGACGCCUUUCCGGGUGUAGACUAUAUGGGAAAAGUCUCUCCUGGGGUGUAGACUAUGAAAGACAGCCUCUCCUGGGGUGUAGACUAUAUAGCAGCCUCUCCUGGGGUGUAAAAUAUAUAGACAGCCUCUCCUGGGGUGUAGACAUAUAGACAGCCUCUCCUGGGGGGUGUAGACUAUGAAAGACGGGCCUCUCCUGGGGUGUAGACUAUAUGACAGCCUCUCCUGGGGUUGUAGACUAUGAAAGACAGCCUCUCCUGGGGUGUAGCUAUAUAGACACCCUCCUGGGGUGUAGACUAUAUAGACAGCCUCCCCUGGGGUGUAGACUAUAUAGACAGUCUCUCUGGGGUAGACUAUAUAGACAGUCUCUCCUGGGGUGUAGAUUUGGAUGAAGCUUCCCCGGGGUGUAGACUAUAUAGACAGCCCUUUCCUGGGGUGUAGACUAUAUAGACGUUUCUCAUGGGUUAGACUAUAUAGACAGUCUCUUCCUGGGGUGUAAGACUAUAUAGACAGUCUCUCCUGGGGUGUAGACAUAUAGACAGUCCCUGGGGUCUCCGGGGGUUUGUAGGACUAAAAUGGGACAGCCUCCUGGGGUGUAGCUAUAUAGACAGUCUCUCCGGGGGUGUAGACUAUAUAGACAGUUUUCCUGGGGUCUCUGGGGUGUAGACUAUAUAGACAGUCUCUCCUGGGGUUCGGGGUUAGACUAUAUAGACAGCCUCCCCUGGGGUCUCCUGGGGUGUAGACAUAUAGACAGUUUUCUCCUGGGGUGUAGACUAUUGGGAAGUUUUCCUGGGGGUAGACUAUAUGGGACAGCCUCUCCUGGGGGGACUAAUAGACAGUUCUCCUGGGGUGUAGACUAUAUAGACAGUCUCUCCUGGGGUGUAGGACUAUAUAGACAGUCUCUCCUGGGGUGUAGACUAUAUAGACAGUCUCUCCUGGGGUGUGUAGACUAUAUAGACAGCCUCUCCUGGGUCCCUGGGGUGUAGACUAUAAGACAGCCUCUCCUGGGGUUCGGGGUGUAGACUAUAUAGACAGCCUCUCCUGGGGUGUAGACAUAUAGACAGUCUCUCCUGGGGUGUAGACUAUUAGACAGUCUUCCUGGGUGUAGACUUAUAGACAGCCUCUCCUGGGGUGUAGACUAUAUAGACAGUCUCUCCUGGGGUGUAGACUAUGAUAGACAGCCUCUCCUGGGGUGUAGACUAUAUAGACGGGCCUCUCCUGGGGUGUAAGACUAUAUAGGCCCAGCCCUCCUGGGGUGUUAGACUAUAUAGACAGUCUCUCCGGGGGUUUAGACUAUAUAGAAGCCUCUCCUGGGUGUAGACUAUAUAGACAGCCUUCCUGGGGGUUCCUGGGUGUAGACUAUAUAGACAGCUCUCCUGGGGUUGUAGACUAUAUAGACAGCUCUCCGGGGGGUGUAGACUAUAUAGACAGUCUCUCCUGGGGUUCCUGGUGUAGACUAUAUAGACAGUCCUGGGUGUAGACUAUAUAGACAGCCUCUCCUGGGGUGUAAAACUAUAUAGACAGCCUCUCCUGGGGUGUAGACUAAUAGGACAGUCUCUCCUGGGGUGUAGACUAUAUAGACAGCCUCUCCUGGGGGUAGACUAUUAGACAGCCUCUCCUGGGGUGUAGACUAUAUAGACAGUCUCUCCUGGGGUGGUAACUAUAUAGACAGGCCUCUCCUGGGGUGUAGACUAUAUAGACAGUCUCUCCUGGGGUGUAGACUAAUAGACGCUCUCGGGGGUGUAGACUAUAUAGACAGCCUCUCCUGGGGUGUAGACUAUAAGACAGCCUCCCCUGGGGUGUAGCUUAUAGACAGCCUCUCGGGUGUAGACUAUAUAGACAGCUCUCCUGGGGUGUAGACUAUAUAGACAGUCUUCCGGGGGUUUCUCCUGGGGUGUAGACUAUAUAGACAGUCUCUCCUGGGGUGUAGACUAUAUAGACAGUCUCUCCUGGGGUGUAGACUAUAUAGACAGCCUCUCCUGGGGUGUAGACUAUAUAGACAGUCUCUCCUGGGGUGUAGACUAUAUAGACAGCCUCUCCUGGGGUGUAGACUAUAUAGACAGCCUCUCCUGGGGUGUAGACUAUAUAGACAGUCUCUCCUGGGGUGUAGACAAAUUAGGACAGUCUCUCCUGGGGUGUAGACUUUUAUAGAAAACCUCUCCUGGGGUGUUGUAGACUAUAUAGACAGUCUCUCCUGGGGUGUAGACUAUAUAGACAGCCUCCUGGGGUGUUAGACUAUAUAGACAGUCUCUCCUGGGGUGUAGACUAUAUAGACAGCCUCCCUGGGGUCUCCUGGGGGUAGACUAUGAUAGACAGUCUCUCCUGGGGUGUAGACUAUAUAGACAGCCUCUCCUGGGGUCUCCUGGGGUGUAGACUAUGAUAGACAGUCUCUCCUGGGGUGUAGACUAUAUAGACAGCCUCUCCUGGGGUCUCCUGGGGUGUAGACUAUAUAGACAGCCUCUCCUGGGGUGUGGGACUAUAUAGACAGUCUCUCCUGGGGUUUGUAGACUAUAUAGACAGCCUCUCCGGGGGUGUAGAUAUAUAGACAGUCUUCCUGGGUGUAGACUAUAUAGACAGUCUCUCCUGGGGUGUAGACUAUAUAGACAGGGCCUUUCCCUGGGGUGUAGACUAUAUAGACAUUUCUCUCCUGGGGUGUAGACUAUAUAGACAGUCUCUCCUGGGGUGUAGACUAUAUAGACAGCCUCUCCUGGGGUGUAGACUAUAUAGACAGCCUCUCCUGGGGUGUAGACUAUAUAGACAGUCCUCUCCUGGGGUGUAGACUAUAUAGACAGUCUCCUGGGGUGUAGACUAUAUAGACAGCCUCUCUGGGGUGUAGACUAUAUAGACAGUCUCUCCUGGGGUGUAGACUAUAUAGACAGUCUCUCCUGGGGUGUAGACUAUAUAGACAGCCUCUCCUGGGGUGUAGACUAUAUAGACAGCCUCUCCUGGGGUCUCCUGGGGUGUAGACUGAUGAUUGACUUUUGAAAUAGCCUAAUCAGAUUAAAACAUUGUGAAUGAUUGUGUUAAUGACACAUAUAAAAGGUAAUAGAUUUAAAAAGUGAAAUGAUAAAUAUUUAGGAUAUGUGGUACGUGAUCCUAGUCCGGUCCGGCACGUGCCCGUUCCACCGGUGCCUGUCAGCAGCUCCACUCCGGAGCCAGAGCAGUCCGCUCCACUGGUGCCUAGUCCAGCUCCGGUCAGCGGCUCCAGUCCAGACCCAGACAAUAGUCCCUCUCCAGGUUCGGGGUCUCCCACACCAGGGUCCAGACAGGGCUUGGUGCAUCGUGGGAGGAAGGAGAGGGGAAGCAGUGCGCCGAGGUCCAGACCAGACCAGGGGCGCAACGGGGAGGCGGAGAGAUAAACAUGUACGCAUUUCACGCUGCGCCUUGGUCUGACCCGUCCUUCAACGAGCGUGACAAGGGAGGAUCGUUGUAUUGUGGUGUUGUAGGCUACUAUAGUCUAGGGAGGAUCAUUGGAUUGUCCCUAAACAAGAUCAAUAGGGGAGCUUUUUGAGCUGCGUGUCUCAUGUCUUCACUGUUCUUUCAUGACUCACCUGGCCUGUCCGCUGCCUAUCACCUGGCCUGUCCGCUGCCUAUCACCUGGCCUGUCCACUGCCUAUCACCUGGCCUGUCCGCUGCCUAUCACCUGACCUCCCCGCUGCCUAUCACCUGGCCUGUCCGCUGCCUAUCACCUGGCCUGUCCGCUGCCUAUCACCUGGCCUGUCCGCUGCCUAUCACCUGGCCUGUCCGCUGCCCUAUCACCUGGCCUGUCCGCUGCCUAUCACCUGACCUCUCCGCUGCCUAUCACCUGGCCUGUCCGCUGCCUAUCACCUGGCCUCCCCGCUGCCUAUCACCUGGCCUGUCCGCUGCCUAUCACCUGGCCUCCCCGCUGCCUAUCACCUGACCUCCCCGCUGCCUAUCACCUGGCCUGUCCGCUGCCUAUCACCUGGCCUGUCCGCUGCCUAUCACCUGGCCUGUCCGCUGCCUAUCACCUGGCCUGUCCGCUGCCUAUCACCUGGCCUGUCCGCUGCCUAUCACCUGGCCUGUCCGCUGCCUAUCACCUGGCCUGUCCGCUGCCUAUCACCUGGCCUGUCCGCUGCCUAUCACCUGGCACUGUCCUCUGCCUAUCACCUGGCCUGUCCGCUGCCUAUCACCUGGCCUGUCCGCUGCCUAUCACCUGGCCUGUCCUCUGCCUAUCACCUGGCCUGUCCGCUGCCUAUCACCUGGCCUGUCCGCUGCCUAUCACCUGACCUGUCCGCUGCCUAUCACCUGGCCUGUCCGCUGCCUAUCACCUGGCCUGUCCGCUGCCUAUCACCUGACCUCUCCGCUGCCUAUCACCUGGCCUCCCCGCUGCCUAUCACCUGACCUCCCCGCUGCCUAUCACCUGGCCUGUCCGCUGCCUAUCAGCUAUUCCUAUUUCUUCUUGUGGAUUCAUAUCAAAAAUUGAUGCAGCUUUUAAUGAUUUUAUGUGUGGUAUGAUUGCUAGUUAGCCUAUUGCAGAUCUGGACAAAUGAUCCACCUACCACUAUUGUAGCUCAGUUGGUAGAGCAUGGUGCUUGCAACGCCAGGGUUGUGGGUUCGAUUCCCACGGGGGGCCAGUAUGAAAAAUGUAUGCACUCACUAACUGUAAGUCGCUCUGGAUAAGAGCGUCUGCUAAAUGACUAAAAUGGAAAAAAUUGUCACUAUGAAUGGUGGAUAGAGGGCAGGAUAGACAGACUGGUAGACUAUAUUAUCACUAUGAAUGGUGGAUAGAGGACAGGGUAGACAGACUGGUAGACUAUAUUAUCACUAUGAAUGGUGGAUAGAGGGCAGGGUAGACAGACUGGUAGACUAUAUUAUCACUAUGAAUGGUGGAUAGAGGGCAGGGUAGACAGAUGGUAGACUAUAUUAUCACUAUGAAUGGUGGAUAGAGGGCAGGGUAGACAGUUAGACUGGUAGACUAUAUUAUCACUAUGAAUGGUGGAUAGAGGGCAGGGUAGACAGACUGGUAGACUAUAUUAUCACUAUGAAUGGUGGAUAGAGGGCAGGGUAGACAGACUGGUAGACUAUAUUAUCACUAUGAAUGGUGGAUAGAGGACAGGGUAGACAGUUAGACUGGUAGACUAUAUUAUCACUAUGAAUGGUGGAUAGAGGGCAGGGUAGACAGACUGGUAGACUAUAUUAUCACUAUGAAUGGUGGAUAGAGGGCAGGGUAGACAGUUAGACUGGUAGACUAUAUUAUCACUAUGAAUGGUGGAUAGAGGACAGGGUAGACAGACUGGUAGACUAUAUUAUCACUAUGAAUGGUGGAUAGAGGGCAGGGUAGACAGUUAGACUGGUAGACUAUAUUAUCACUAUGAAUGGUGGAUAGAGGGCAGGAUAGACAGUUAGACUGGUAGACUAUAUUAUCACUAUGAAUGGUGGAUAGAGGGCAGGGUAGACAGACUGGUAGACUAUAUUAUCACUAUGAAUGGUGGAUAGAGGGCAGGAUAGACAGUUAGACUGGUAGACUAUAUUAUCACUAUGAAUGGUGGAUAGAGGACAGGGUAGACAGUUAGACUGGUAGACUAUAUUAUCACUAUGAAUGGUGGAUAGAGGGCAGGAUAGACAGUUAGACUGGUAGACUAUAUUAUCACUAUGAAUGGUGGAUAGAGGGACAGGAUAGACAGACUGGUAGACUAUAUUAUCACUAUGAAUGGUGGAUAGAGGGCAGGAUAGACAGACUGGUAGACUAUAUUAUCACUAUGAAUGGUGGAUAGAGGGCAGGAUAGACAGUUAGACUGGUAGACUAUAUUAUCACUAUGAAUGGUGGAUAGAGGGCAGGAUAGACAGACUGGUAGACUAUAUUAUCACUAUGAAUGGUGGAUAGAGGGCAGGAUAGACAGUUAGACUGGUAGACUAUAUUAUCACUAUGAAUGGUGGAUAGAGGGCAGGAUAGACAGACUGGUAGACUAUAUUAUCACUAUGAAUGGUGGAUAGAGGGCAGGGUAGACAGACUGGUAGACUAUAUUAUCACUAUGAAUGGUGGAUAGAGGGCAGGGUAGACAGACUGGUAGACUAUAUUAUCACUAUGAAUGGUGGAUAGAGGACAGGGUAGACAGACUGGUAGACUAUAUUAUCACUAUGAAUGGUGGAUAGAGGACAGGGUAGACAGACUGGUAGACUAUAUUAUCACUAUGAAUGGUGGAUAGAGGGCAGGGUAGACAGUUAGACUGGUAGACUAUAUUAUCACUAUGAAUGGUGGAUAGAGGACAGGGUAGACAGUUAGACUGGUAGACUAUAUUAUCACUAUGAAUGGUGGAUAGAGGGCAGGAUAGACAGACUGGUAGACUAUAUUAUCACUAUGAAUGGUGGAUAGAGGGCAGGGUAGACAGUUAGACUGGUAGACUAUAUUAUCACUAUGAAUGGUGGAUAGAGGGACAGGAUAGACAGUUAGACUGGUAGACUAUAUUAUCACUAUGAAUGGUGGAUAGAGGACAGGAUAGACAGACUGGUAGACUAUAUUAUCACUAUGAAUGGUGGAUAGAGGGCAGGGUAGACAGACUGGUAGACUAUAUUGUCACAUCUAAUUCUCUAGCCUUUACUUGUAACUUUGUAGGCUAUAUGUUCUGCACCAGAAUCACAUGUUCUCUCCCUGCUUUAUCAUGGUUUGAACGAUGUGCGUAAUACAGUACAGGAAUACAGUAUAAUACAAUACAGUACAGGAAUACAGUAUAAUACAAUACAGUACAGGAAUACAGUAUAAUACAAUACAGUACAAGAAUACAGUAUAAUACAGUACAGUACAGGAAUACAGUAUAAUACAAUACAGUACAGGAAUACAGUAUAAUAUAAUACAGUACAGGAAUACAGUAUAAUACAAUACAGUACAGGAAUACAGUAUAAUACAAUACAGUACAGGAAUACAGUAUAAUAUAAUACAAUACAGUACAGGAAUACAGUAUAAUACAAUACAGUACAGGAAUACAGUAUAAUACAAUACAGUACAGGAAUACAGUAUAAUACAGUACAGGAAUACAGUAUAAUAUAAUACAAUACAGUACAGGAAUACAGUAUAAUACAAUACAGUACAGGAAUACAGUUCACACUCAAACACAUUAGCCUACUGGAGCUAGUUUCAUUGAUUUACCCAAGAGAGCAUAUAGCUAGCUACAUCUAUGGGCUUUAUGUAGCUAGCUAUAUAUAUGGGCUUUAUAUAGCUAGCUACAUCUAUGGGCUUUAUAUAGCUAGCUACAUCUAUGGGCUUUAUAUAGCUAGCUACAUCUACAGUGAGGGAAAAAAGUAUUUGAUCCCCUGCUGAUUUUGUAUGUUUGCCCACUGACAAAGACAUGAUCAGUCUAUAAUUUUAAUGGUAGGUUUAUUUGAACAGUGAGAGACAGAAUAACAACAACAAAAAUCCAGAAAAACGCAUUUCAAAAAUGUUAUAAAUUGAUUUGCAUUUUAAUGAGGGAAAUAAGUAUUUGACCCCUCUGCAAAACAUGACUUAGUACUUGGUGGCAAAACCCUUGUUGGCAAUCACAAAGGUCAGAUGUUUCUUGUAGUUGGCCACCAGGUUUGCACAAAUCUCAGGAGGGAUUUUGUCCCACUCCUCUUUGCAGAUCUUCUCCAAGUCAUUAAGAUUCCGAGGCUGAAGUCUGGCUACUCGAACCUUCAGCUCCCUCCACAGAUUUUCUAUGGGAUUAAGGUCUGGAGACUGGCUAGGCCACUCCAGGACCUUAAUGUGCUUCUUCUUGAGCCACUCCUUUGUUGCCUUGGCGGUGUGUUUUGGGUCAUUGUCAUGCUGGAAUACCCAUCCACGACCCAUUUUCAAUGCCCUGGCUGAGGGAAGGAGGUUCUCACCCAAGAUUUGACGGUACAUGGCCCCGUCCAUCAUCCUAUUGAUGCGGUGAAGUUGUCCUGUCCCCUUAGCAGAAAAACACCCCCAAAGCAUAAUGUUUCCACCUCCAUGUUUGGCGGUGGGGAUGGUGUUCUUGGGGUCAUAGGCAGCAUUCCUCCUCCUCCAAACACGGCGAGUUGAGUUUGAUGCCAAAGAGCUCGAUUUUGGUCUCAUCUGACCACAACACUUUCACCCAGUUCUCCUCUGAAUCAUUCAGAUGUUCAUUGGCAAACUUCAGACAACCCUGUAUAUGUGCUUUCUUGAGCAGGGGGACCUUGCGGGCGCUGCAGGAUUUCAGUCCUUCACGGCGUAGUGUGUUACCAAUUGUUUUCUUGGUGACUAUGGUCCCAGCUGCCUUGAGAUCAUUGACAAGAUCCUCCCGUGUAGUUCUGGGCUGAUUCCUCACCGUUCUCAUGAUCAUUGCAACUCCACGAGGUGAGAUCUUGCAUGGAGCCCCAGGCCGAGGGAGAUUGACAGUUCUUUUGUGUUUCUCCCAUUUGCGAAUAAUCACACCAACUGUUGUCACCUUCUCACCAAGCUGCUUGGCGAUGGUCUUGUAGCCCAUUCCAGCCUUGUGUAGGUCUACAAUCUUGUCCCUGACAUCCUUGGAGAGCUCUUUGGUCUUGACCAUGGUGGAGAGUUUGGAAUCUGAUUGAUUGAUUGCUUCUGUGGACAGGUGUCUUUUAUACAGGUAACAAACUGAGAUUAGGAGCACUCCCUUUCAGAGUGGGCUCCUAAUCUCAGCUCGUUACCUGUAUAAAAGACACCUGGGAGCCAGAAAUCUUUCUGAUUGAGAAGGGGUCAAAUACUUAUUUCCCUCAUUAAAAUGCAAAUCAAUUUAUAACAUUUUUGACAUGUGUUUUUCUGGAUUUUUUUUGUUGUUAUUCUGUCUCUCACUGUUCAAAUAAACCUACCAUUAAAAUUAUAGACUGAUCAUUUCUUUGUCAGUGGGCAAACGUACAAAAUCAGCAGGGGAUCAAAUACUUUUUUCCCUCACUGUAUGGGCUUUAUAUAGCUAGCUACAUCUAUGGGCUUUUUGUAAACUAGCUAUAUAUAUGGGCUUUAUAUAGCUUAGCUACAUCUAUGGGCUUUAUAAGCUAGCUACUCUAUGGGCUUUAUAUAGCUAGAUACAUCUAUGGGGUUUAUAUAGCUAGCUACAUCUAUGGGCUUUAUGUAGCUAGCUACAUCUAUGGGCUUAUACACUAGCUACAUCUAUGGGCUAUAUUAGCUAGCUACCCCUAUGGGCUGGUGUGGGAUGUGAUGGUGUUAGGAUGUGAUGGGUGUGAUGUGAUGGUGUGGAUGUUGGUGUGUGAUGUGAUGGUGGGUGAGUGAUGGGUAAGGAGUGAUGGGUGGAGGGAUGGUGUGGAUGAUGAGGUGGGGGUUUUGAUGGUGUGGGAGGGUGAUGUGGGUGUGAGGAGUGAUGGUGUGAUGUAUGGUGUGGAUGUGAGGGUGGAUGUGAUGGUGUAGAUGUGAUGGGUGGGGUUUUGGUUGGGAUGUGAGGUGGUAUGUGAUGGGGGGGGUGAUGUGUGGUGUGUGGGUUGUGAUUGUGUAGGAUGGGAUGGUGUUGGAUGUGAUGGGUGGCCGGGUGAUGGUGUGGAUGUGUGGGAUGUGAUGGUGUGGAUGUGAUGGUGGGAUGGAGGGAGUGGGAUGUGAUGUGUGGGAUGUGGGGUUUGUUGGGAGGUGUGGUGGGGUGGGUGUGUGGGGUGGUUUUGUGUGGUGUGAUGGUGUGGAUGUGAUGGUGUGGGAUGUGAGGGUGGGGGUGUGAUGGUGGGAUGUGAUGUUGGGAGUGAUGGGGGGUGUGAUGGUGUGGGAUGUAUGGUGUGGGAUGUGAUGGUGGGGGUGUGUGUGGGUGGGGUUUUGGGAUGUGUGUGUGGAUUGAUGGUGGGGGAGGUGAUGGAGUGGGAUGUGAUGGUUGUAGGAUGUGAUGUGUGGGUGGAUUGUGAUGGUGUGGGAUGUGAUGGUUGGGAUGUGAUGGUGUGGGAUGUGAUGGUGUGGGAUGUGAUGGUGUGGGAUGUGAUGGUUGGGAUGUGAUGGUUGGGAUGUGAUGGUUGGGAUGUGAUGGUGUGGGAUGUGAUGGUGUGGGAUGUGAUGGUGUGGGAUGUGAUGGUGUGUGAUUGUCAGUGCUGAGGAACCCAGUAUGUGUUAUACUGUAUCUCUUCACUCCGAGCUGGUUCUCUCCAUGUCCUUCAACAACGACAGCAGCUGUCUAGCUACCACCAGCCUGGACAGGAAGAUCAGAGUCACGGACCCACGCCCUGGACGCCUCAUACAGCUCUGUCUGUGUAGGUGUGGGGGGCUGGUAAAAGUUCCGGUAAAUUACCAAAGUUCUGGGAAUUUUCAGAAAAUCCGGUUAUUAACUGGUAUUUAACUUACACAUGUUUUCUUAUUCUUUCUACGUGUCCAUGUCCUUGAACGUCUAGUAGAUAGAUAGAAAGAAGGUUCCGGAGAAAAUGCUUAAUUAAUGACUAAAACAUCUAAUCAAGAAUGAUCACAGAGUAUGAAAGUGGGCCUAGCCACUGUCUGCCAUUACUCCUGUGUAUGUGUGUGUGAUCAAUCACUAAUCGAUACUUGUCAGUCCCUAAUCAAUACUUAUCAAUCACAAAUCAAUACUCAAUCACUCUUCUAUGACCCCGACACACACAUGCUCUACCUGGCUGGCAAGGUAACCACUACCAAUUACCAAUUGCUGUAUCAAUCACUAAUCAAUCAGCUCAUCAAUAACUAAUCUGUGUGUGUUUCAGGGUGAUAGUAACAUCAGGUAUUAUGAGAUCUCACAAGCCCUGAGAUCAGGUUAGCAGCAGGUCCUGGAUCUGUGAUGAAGAUCAGGUUAGCAGCAGGUCCUGGAUCUGUGAUGAAGAUCAGGUUAGCAGCAGGUCCUGGAUCUGUGAUGAAGAUCAGGUUAGCAGCAGGUCCUGGAUCUGUGAUGAAGAUCAGGUUAGCAGCAGGUCCUGGAUCUGUGAUGAAGAUCAGGUUAACAGCAGGUCCUGGAUCUGUGAUGAAGAUCAGGUUAACAGCAGGUCCUGGAUCUGUGAUGAAGAUCAGGUUAGCAGCAGGUCCUGGAUCUGUGAUGAGCGUGAAAGAAGGAGUCAGGCGCAGGAGGGUAAAUCACAGAAUACAGAGUUUAUUCCGUCGUACACAGGGGAAUAAUCUACCCCGGCAAUACAAGGUACGAGUAGCUCCACCGAGCUACACUACUCUCACAAUAAACAAUCCCCCACAAGGACAAGGGGGGCAGAGGGAACACUUAUACACGUACUAAUGAGGGGAUAUGAACCAGGUGUGUGUAAUUGACAAGACAAGACAAAUGGAAUGAUGAGAUAUGGAGCGGCAGUGGCUAGAAGGCCGGUGACGACGAACGCCGAAGCCUGCCCGAACAAGGAGGGGAAGCAGCUUCGGAGGAAGUAGUGACACCUACGUUCCGUUCCUCACUGAGAACUGCUCCCUACUGCCUCAGAAAGGACUGGGUAGAACAUACAAUACCGUUCAAAAGUUUGGGGUCACUUAGAAAUGUCCUUGUUGUCGAAAGAAAAGCAAUUUUUUUGUCCAUUAAAAUAACAUCAAAUUGAUCAGAAAUACAGUGUAGCCAUUGUUAAUGUUGUAAAUGGCUAUUGUAGCUGGAAACGGCUGAUUUUUAAUGGAAUAUCUACAUAGGCGUACAUAGGCCCAAUAUCAGCAACCACCAGUCCUGUGUUCCAAUGGCACGUUGUUUUUGCUAAUCCAAGUUUAUAAUUUUAAAAGGCUAAUUGAUCAUUAGAAAACCCUUUUGCAAUUAUGUUAGCAUAGCUAAAAACUGUUGUGCUGAUUAAAGAAGCAAUAAAACUGGCCUUCUUGAGACUAGUUGAGUAUCUGGAGCAUCAGCAAUUGUGGGUUCGAUUACAGGAUCAAAAUGGCCAGAAACAAAGAACUUUCUUCUGAAACUCGUCAGUCUAUUCUUGUUCUGAGAAAUGAAGGCUAUUCCAUGCGAGAAAUUGCCAAGAAACUGAAGAUCUCGUACAACGCUGUGUACUACUCCCUUCACAGAACAGCGCAAACUGGCUCUAACCAGAAUAGAAAAAGGAGUGUCUAGUUUGAGAAACAGACACCUCACAGGUCCUCAACUGGCAGCUUCAUUAAAUAGUACCCGCAAAACAGCAGUCUCAACAUCAACAGUGAAGAGGCGACUCCGGGAUGCUUACCUUCUAGGCAGAGUUGCAAAGAAAAAGCCAUAUCUCAGACUGGCCAAUAAAAAGAAAAUAUUAAGAUGGACAAAAGAACACAGACACUGGACAGAGGAAGAUUGGAAAAAAGUGUUAUGGACAGACGAAUCGAAGUUUCAGGUGUUCGGAUCACAAAGAAGAACAUUUGUGAGAUGCAGACCAAAUGAAAAGAUGCUGGAGGAGUGCUUGAUGCCAUCUGUAUAGCAUGGUGGAGGCAAUGUGAUGGUCUGGGGUGCUUUGGUGGUGGUAAAGUGGGAGAUUUGUACAGGGUAAAAGGGAUCUUGAAGAAGGAAGGCUAUCACUCCAUUUUGCAACGCCAUGCCAUACCCUGUGGACAAUGCAAAUAGUCCGGGUAGCCAUGAUUAGCAGUUCAGGAGUCUUAUGGCUUGGGGGUAGAAGCUGUUGAGUAGCCUUUUGGACCUAGACUUGGCGCUCCAGUACCGCUUGCCGUGCGGUAGCAGAGAGAACAGUCUAGGGUGGCUUGAGUCUUUGACUAUUUUUAGGGCCUUCCUCUGACACCGCCUGGUAUAGAGGUCCUGGAUGGCAGGAAGCUUGACCCCAGUGAUGUACUGGGCCGUACGCACUACUCUACCGGUCGGUAGUCAUUUAGGCAGGUUAUCUUAGUGUCCUUGGGCACAGGGACUAUGGUGGUCUGCUUGAAACAUGUUGGUAUUACAGACUCAGUCAGGGACAUGUUGAAAAUGUCAGUGAAGACACUUGCCAGUUGGUCAGCGCAUGCUCGGGUGUACACGUCCUGGUAAUCCGUCUGGCCCUGCGGCCUUGUGAAUGUUGACCUGCUUAAAAGUCUUACUCACAUCGGCUACGGAGAGCGUGAUCACAUAGUCAUCCGGAACAGCUGAUGCUCUCAUGCAUGCUUCAGUGUUGCUUGCCUCGAAGCGAGCAUAGAAGUGAUUUAGCUCAUCUGGUAGGCUUGUGUCACUGGGCAGUUCGCGGCUGUGCUUCCCUUUGUAGUCUGUAAUAGUUUUCAAGCCCUGCCACAUCCGACGAGCGUCAGAGCCGGUGUAGUACGAUUCAAUCUUAGUCCUGUAUUGACUCUUUGCCUGUUUGAUGGUUCGUCAGAGGGCAUAGCGGGAUUUCUUAUAAGCUUCCGGGUUAGAGUCCCGCUCCUUGAAAGCGGUAGCUCUACCCUUUAGCUCAGUGCGGAUGUUGCCUGUAAUCCAGGGCUUCUGGUUGGGGUAUGUACAUACAGUCACUGUGGGGACGACAUCAUCGAUGCACUUAUUGAUGAAGCCAGUGACUGAUGUGGUGUACUCCUCAAUGCUAUCUGAAGAAUCCCGGGAACAUAUUCCAGUCUGUGCUAGCAAAACAGUCCUGUAGCUUAGCAUCUGCGUCAUCUGACCACUUUUUUAUUAACUGAGUCACUGGUGCUUCCUGCUUUAGUUUUUGCUUAUAAGCAGUAAUCAGGACGAUAGAGUUAUGGUCAGAUUUGCCAAAUGGAGGGUGAGGGAGAGCUUUGUAUGCGUCUCUGUGUGUGGAGUAAAGGUGGUCUAGAGUAUUUUUUCCUCUGGUUGCACAUUUAACAUGCUGAUAGAAAUGAGGCAGAACGGAUUUAAGUUUCCCUGCAUUAAAGUCCCCGGCCACUAGGGCGCUGCCUCUGGAUGAGCGUUUUCCUGUCUGCUUAUGGCCUUAUACAGCUCAUUGAGUGCAAUCUUAGUGCCAGCAUCGGUUUGUGGUGGUAAAUAGACAGCUAUGAAAAAUAUAGAUGAAAACUCUCUUGGUAAAUAGUGUGGUCUACAGCUUAUCAUAAGAUAAUCUACCUCAGGCGAGCAAAACCUCGAGACUUCCUUAGUAUUAGAUUUUAUGCACCAGCUGUUGUUUACAAAUAUACACAGACCGCCACCCCUUGUCUUACCGGAGUCAGCCGUUCUAUCCUGACGAUGUAGCGUAUAUCCAGCCAGCUGUAUGUUAUCCAUGUUGUCGUUCAGCCACGACUCGGUGAAACAUAAGAUAUUACAGUUUUUAAUGUCCCGUUGGUAGGAUAACCGUAAUCGUAGGUCAUCCAAUUUGUUCUCCAAUGAUUGAAGAUUGGCUAAUAGGAUUGAUGGAAGAGGCAGUUUACUCGCUCGCCGUCGGAUCCUUACAAGUCACCCCGACCUACGUCCACGAUAUCUCCGUCUCUUUCUCAUGCGAAUGACGGGGAUUUGGGCCUUGUCGGGUGUCUGUAAAAUAUCCUUCGCGUCCGACUCGUUGAAGAAAAAAUCUUCGUCCAAUACGAGGUAGGAUAUAGGCUUAGAUAAAUGCACACAUUCAUUUCAGUACUCCAGCUCAAUAUAAUUUAUUGUUGCAGAACUAAGAAAAAUAGCUGUGUUCUGUUCAUACAGUGGGAGAAAAAAGUAUUUAGUCAGCCACCAAUUGUGCAAGUUCUCCCACUUAAAAAGAUGAGAGAGGCCUGUAAUUUUCAUCAUAGGUACACGUCAACUAUGACAGACAAAUUGAGAAAAAAAAUCCAGAAAAUCACAUUGUAGGAUUUUUUAUUAAUUUAUUUGCAAAUUAUGGUGGAAAAUAAGUAUUUGGUCAAUAACAAAAGUUUCUCAGUACUUUGUUAUAUACCCUUUGUUGGCAAUGACACAGGUCAAACGUUUUCUGUAAGUCUUCACAAGGUUUUCACACACUGUUGCUGGUAUUAUGAUUUUUUACGCGCUACAGCACUCGCAGUCCCGUUCUGUGAGCUUGUGUGGCCUACCACUUCGCGGCUGAGCCGUUGUUGCUCCUAGACAUUUCCACUUCCCAAUAACAGCACUUACAGUUGACCGGGGCAGCUCUAGCAGGGCAGAAAUUUUACAAACUUAGGACGGUGCCACGUUGAAAGUCAUGGAGCCCUUCAGUAAGGCCAUUAUACUGGCAGUGUUUGUCUAUGGAGAUUGCAUGGCGGUGUGCUCAAUUUUAUACACCCGUCAGCAACGGGUGUGGUUGUAAUAGCAGAAUCCACUAAUUUGAUGGCGUGUCCACAUACUGCUGUAUAUAAAGUGGAACCUGGAACAGCUGAGGGUCUAGAGGAGACGUUUUAAUGUCUGCAUUCCCCCAAGGAAGAAAAACUAGUACAGGAGCCUGCCAACACAGAAAACGGUUAUCAGAGACUCUAGAAACCCAUCGUCUUACGUCAGACAGCACAACUUUUUCUAGUUCACGGCAAAGCGGGCACGUUAUUAAUGGCGCCCUCCGUCGAUAGACGACGUUAUAAAACACACAAAACAAAUCGAAAUGACACACAAGAGAGCGAGCAAGGAGCAAAAUGUUAAGAUUUUAUUUACAAAAGUUCAUUUUUGUACGUUUUGUCUUUUAACUUGCAGAAAGUAAAAACAGAGCCGCAAGUAGGAGGCUUGGAUCCCCAAUGGCUCCCUACGUAGUGCACUCCUUUUGACCAGGGCCCAUAGAGUAGUGCACUAUGUAGGGGAUAGGGUGUGUCUACUAGCUCCGGUCCAACCCUUACCCAAAACACAGCUGGAGGGAGGAGACAGAACUAACAAAAUACAAAAACAAACAAAACAAAAAAAAUCCUCUGAAAAAAUAUUUUAAAAGCUCUGGCGGUAGAAAGAAAAACUCUGGUCCCACAUAGCACCCUAUUCCCUAUAUAGUGCACUAAAGAGACCUAUACGGGCCCUGGCCAAAAGUAGUGCGUACACUAUAUAGGGAACAGGAUACCAUUUGGGACGCGGUCACUGUUGGGGAGUUGUCCCCUUGUUGGGAAAGCUGGGCGGUUUGUUGGUCGUCUGGGCAACGAGGUUGUUUACAGACAAAGAUCUCUGAAGUAGUUGAUGACAUCGUCACGGAACCUCCAGGCGGUGACUUCGUUCCGAUCUGGAACCCCCCCCCCCCCCCCCCCCCCCCCCCCCCCCCCCCCACCCCAGCAGUAAUAUCGUGAUGUCACAGAGAGCCCCUCCCACCUGGUGAUGUCACGGAAUGCUGCGCGGUGAGCUGAGACUCGCUGGUUGUUUCAGGAUUCCAUCCCGUACCCCCCCCCCCCAAAUGACCACAACACAGAGCAACUCAAGUCCUUGCAAAGGGGUGUGUGUGUGUGUCUAGGGCUCAGUUUCAAAGGCACCCUAUUCCCUAUAUAGUGCACUACUUUUGACCAGGACCCCAUAAGGCUUUUCUGAUGAGUUCAGGGGCUUUGGGCGCUGGUCAAAAGUAGUGCACUAUAUAGGGAAUAGGGUGCCAUUUGGGACAUCCUAGGUUGGCUGGAGGGAUUUUGGGGAAAAGGAGACAGGCAGUAGGGGCAACAAAAGGCAAAGAGAGGUAUCUGAGAUACUGAGGGGUCAGGAGGCAUCUGAGAUACUGAGGGGUCAGGAGGCAUCUGAGAUACUGAGGGGUCAGGAGGCAUCUGAGAUACUGAGGGGUCAGGAGGCAUCUGAGAUACUGAGGGGUCAGGAGGCAUCUGAGAUACGAGGGGUCAGGAGGCAUCUGAGAUACUGAGGGGUCAGGAGGCAUCUGAGAUACUGAGGGGUCAGGAGGCAUCUGAGAUACUGAGGGGUCAGGAGGCAUCUGAGAUACUGAGGGGUCAGGAGGCAUCUGAGAUACUGAGGGGUCAGGAGGCAUCUGAGAUACUGAGGGGUCAGGAGGUAUCUGAGAUACUGAGGGGUCAGGAGGCAUCUGAGAUACUGAGGGGUCAGGAGGCAUCUGAGAUAUUGAGGGGUCAGGAGGCAUCUGAGAUACCGAGGGGUCAGGAGGCAUCUGAGAUACUGAGGGGUCAGGAGGCAUCUGAGAUACCGAGGGGUCAGGAGGCAUCUGAGAUACUGAGGGGUCAGGAGGCAUCUGAGAUACUGAGGGGUCAGGAGGCAUCUGAGAUACUGAGGGGUCAGGAGGCAUCUGAGAUACUGAGGGGUCAGGAGGCAUCUCUGAUCCUGAGGGGUCAGGAGGCAUCUGAGAUACUGAGGGGUCAGGAGGCAUCUGAGAUACUGAGGGGUCAGGAGGCAUCUCUGAUACCGAGGGGUCAGGAGGCAUCUGAGAUACCGAGGGGUCAGGAGGCAUCUCUGAUACUGAGGGGUCAGGAGGCAUCUGAGAUCCAGGACCAAUGUUCCCUCUAAGCUACAGGCGUGUGCACAGUAGCCCCGAGACAGAAGAAAUAUCAGCCCACAGAGAGAGAAGCAUGAGAUUGAACUACACUCUCUAGUUCUCCAUGUUAACACUACCAACGCUUCCCUUUACUGGGGCAACUGGGACCGAAUCAACACAAUAUUAGCCACUUUCAACGCAACCAUGCCGAAACAAAAACCAACUAUGCAAGAGAUUUUGUUGUAGGCAGAACGCAUCGGAGUAGGAUUCUAUUGAGCAAGACUCAACCAAUCAGAGCUGCAGUAGGCCAAUAUGCAAAUAGACCAUUGCCAUAUAUGGAUCUGUGCCAUUUACCUUGAACUGGACUGUGUAUGGGAAUAAUCAUGUAUUUUAUUUUGUAAAGUGGUUUCUUAAAUCAAACACAGCAACAUUUUCAGUCACCUCCUUGUCUGAAGGACCAGUGGAUAAACAGGUUCAUGUCAAGCCCUGCAUGUUUAAAAAAAAAAAAGUCUCAUGGAAUGUAGGUCUACAUUGAACACCACACGUUGGCUGCUACUGUAGGCUGAAUGAUAGAACAGCUAUUUUCCAUGUUAAAAUGUUACGGGAUGCAUUUUCUCCAUUGUUUUUGAUGGUAGGCCACUCUGGUAGGCCUACAUUAUGAUCAAAUAGCCACAGCAGCCUACUGGGCCACUGUUAAAACUGUAACUUAAAGCGGGUUCAGCCACAGAGUUCACAGGAAACGCACGCUGGAAGUUGCACAGAAUUUUCACAACGUUCAAGUUUGCGCUCAGCAGGCCUGAAAUUUGCACAGUGCCCCAAAACAUUAGAGGGAACAUUGGUCAGGAGCUAUCUGAGAUAUUGAGGGGUCAGGAUGUAUCAGAUAUUGAGGGGUGGAGGGGUCAGGAUGUAUCAGAUAUUGAGGGGUGGAGGGGUCAGGAUGUAUCAGAUAUUGAGGGGUGGAGGGGUCAGGAUGUAUCAGAUAUUGAGGUGUCAGGAUGUAUCAGAUAUUGAGGGGUGCAGGGGUCAGGAUGUAUCAGAUAUUGAGGGGUCAGGAUGUAUCAGAUAUUGAGGGGUGGAGGGGUCAGGAUGUAUCAGAUAUUGAGGGGUGGAGGGGUCAGGAUGUAUCAGAUAUUGAGGGGUGGAGGUGAGGACACUCCAUCAUCAUCAUCUUCAUCUUCAUCAUCAGGUUCCCUCUUCCUCUUCUCUCCUCUCUCUGGAGAGUCAUCCUCAUCUAGAGAAGAAAGGGAGAAAGAAAGUAGAGAACAUUUAGAUAUGGGUCUAGGUAUAUGGCUAUAGGUAUAUGGGUCUAGAUAUAUGGGUCUAGGUAUAUACAGUGGGGAAAAAAGUAUUUAGUCAGCCACCAAUUGUGCAAGUUCUCCCCUUAAAAAGAUGAGAGAGGCCUGUAAUUUUCAUCAUAGGUACACGUCAACUAUGACAGACAAAAUGAGAAAAAAAUAUCCAGAAAAUCACAUUGUAGGAUUUUUUAUGAAUUUAUUUGCAAAUUAUGGUGGAAAAUAAGUAUUUGGUCAAUAACAAAAGUUUCUCAAUACUUUGUUAUAUACCCUUUGUUGGCAAUGACACAGGUCAAACGUUUUCUGUAAGUCUUCACAAGGUUUUCACACACUGUUGCUGGUAUUUUGGCCCAUUCCUCCAUGCAGAUCUCCUCUAGAGCAGUGAUGUAUUGGGGCUGUCGCUGGGCAACACAGACUUUCAACUCCCUCCAAAGAUUUUCUAUGGGGUUGAGAUCUGGAGACUGGCUAGGCCACUCCAGGACCUUGAAAUGCUUCUUACGAAGCCACUCCUUCGUUGCCCGGGCGGUGUGUUUGGGAUCAUUGUCAUGCUGAAAGACCCAGCCACGUUUCAUCUUCAAUGCCCUUGCUGAUGGAAGGAGGUUUUCACUCAGAAUCUCACGAUACAUGGCCCCAUUCAUUCUUUCCCUUACACGGAUCAGUCGUCCUGGUCCCUUUGCAGAAAAACAGCCCCAAAGCAUGAUGUUUCCACCCCCAUGCUUCACAGUAGGUAUGGUGUUCUUUGGAUGCAACUCAGCAUUCUUUGUCCUCCAAACACGACGAGUUGAGUUUUUACCAAAAAGUUAUAUUUUGGUUUCAUCUGACCAUAUGACAUUCUCCCAAUCCUCUUCUGGAUCAUCCAAAUGCACUCUAGCAAACUUCAGACGGGCCUGGACAUGUACUGGCUUAAGCAGGGGGACACGUCUGGCACUGCAGGAUUUGAGUCCCUGGCGGCGUAGUGUGUUACUGAUGGUAGGCUUUGUUACUUUGGUCCCAGCUCUCUGCAGGUCAUUCACUAGGUCCCCCCGUGUGGUUCUGGGAUUUUUGCUCACCGUUCUUGUGAUCAUUUUGACCCCACGGGGUGAGAUCUUGCGUGGAGCCCCAGAUCGAGGGAGAUUAUCAGUGGUCUUGUAUGUCUUCCAUUUCCUAAUAAUUGCUCCCACAGUUGAUUUCUUCAAACCAAGCUGCUUACCUAUUGCAGAUUCAGUCUUCCCAGCCUGGUGCAGGUCUACAAUUUUGUUUCUGGUGUCCUUUGACAGCUCUUUGGUCUUGGCCAUAGUGGAGUUUGGAGUGUGACUGUUUGAGGUUGUGGACAGGUGUCUUUUAUACUGAUAACAAGUUCAAACAGGUGCCAUUAAUACAGGUAACGAGUGGAGGACAGAGGAGCCUCUUAAAGAAGAAGUUACAGGUCUGUGAGAGCCAGAAAUCUUGCUUGUUUGUAGGUGACCAAAUACUUAUUUUCCACCAUAAUUUGCAAAUAAAUUCAUAAAAAAUCCUACAAUGUGAUUUUCUGGAAUUUUUUUUCUCAAUUUCUGUCAUAGUUGACGUGUACCUAUGAUGAAAAUUACAGGCCUCUCUCAUCUUUUUAAGUGGGAGAACUUGCACAGUUGGUGGCUGACUAAAUACUUUUUUCCCCCCCACUGUAUAUAGUUAUGGGUCUAGGUAUAUGGGUCUAGGUAUAUGGGUCUAGGGAUAUGGGUCUAGGGAUAUGGGUCUAGGGAUAUGGGUCUAGAUAUAUAUAUAUAUAUAGUUAUGGCUAUAGAUCUGGGUCUAGGUAUAUGGGUCUAGGUAUAUGGGUCUAGGUAUAUGGGUCUAGAGAUAUGGGUCUAGAGAUAUGGGUCUAGGGAUAUGGGUCUAGGGAUAUGGGUCUAGAUAUAUGGGUCUAGAUAUAUAUAUAUAGGUAUGGCUAUAGAUCUGGGUCUAGGUAUAUGGGUCUAGAUAUAUAUAGGUAUGGCUAUAGAUCUGGGUCUAGGUAUAUGGGUCUAAAUAUAUGGGUCUAGGUAUAUGGGUCUAGAUAUAUAUAUAGGUAUGGCUAUAGAUCUGGGUCUAGGUAUAUGGUCUAGAUAUAUAUAUAUAUAUAGGUAUGGCUAUAGAUCUGGGUCUAGAUAGAUAUGGGUCUAGAUAGAUAUGGGUCUAGGGAUAUGGGUAUCAAAAAGAAGAAUGUAUGUCUGUGUCCCAAAUGGCCCCCUAUUCCCUAUAUAGUGCACUACUUUAGACCAGAGAAUGGCACCCUAUUCCCUAUAUAGUGCACUACUUUAGACCAGAGAAUGGCACCCUAUGCCCUAUAUAGUGCACUACUUUAGACCAGAGAAUGGCACCCUAUUCCCUAUAUAGUGCACUACUUUAGACCAGAGAAUGGCACCCUAUUCCCUAUAUAGUGCACUACUUUAGACCAGAGAAUGGCACCCUAUUCCCUAUAUAGUGCACUACCUUAGACCAGAGAAUGGCACCCUAUUCCCUAUAUAGGGCACUACUUUAGACCAGAGAAUGGCACCCUAUUCCCUAUAUAGUGCACUACUUUAGACCAGAGAAUGGCACCCUAUUCCCUAUAUAGUGCACUACUUUAGACCAGAGAAUGGCACCCUAUUCCCUAUAUAGUGCACUACUUUAGACCAGAGAAUGGCACCCUAUUCCCUAUAUAGUGCACUACUUUAGACCAGAGAAUGGCACCCUAUUCCCUAUGUAGUGCACUACUUUGACCAGAGAAUGGCACCCUAUUCCCUAUGUAGUGCACUACUUUAGAACAGAGAAUGGCACCCUAUUCCCUAUAUAGUGCACUACUUUAGACCAGAGAAUGGCCCCUUAUUCCAUAUGUAGUGCACUACUUUGACCAGAGAAUGGCCCCUUAUUCCAUAUGUAGUGCACUACUUUGACCAGGACCCAAAGGACACUGUAUAGGGACUACACUAGACUAGACCUACACUAGACUAGACCUACACUAGACUAGACCUACACUAGACCAGACCUACACUAGACCAGACCUACACUAGACUAGACCAACACUAGACUAGACCUACACUAGACCCAUACUACACUAGACCCACACUAGACUAGACCUACACUAGACUAGACCUACACUAGACUAGACCUACACUAGACUAGACCUACACUAGACCCACACUAGACUAGACCUACACUAGACUAGACCUACACUAGACCCACACUAGACUAGACCUACACUAGACUAGACCUACACUAGACAGUAUGACCUCAUAGACCCACUAGACUAGACACUAACGACUAGACCUACACUAGACCAGACCCACUAACCACCUAGACUAGACCAGACACUACACUAGACCUACACUAGACCAGACCCACACUAGACUAGACCAGACCUACACUAGACUAGACCUACACUAGACCAGACCCACACUAGACCCACACUAGACUAGACCACACUACACACUAGACUAGACCUACACUAAACCAGACCUACACUAGACCAGACCUACACUAGACCAACACUAGACUAGACCUACACUAGACCAGACCUACACUAGACCAACCCUACACUAGACCAGACCUACACUAGACCAGACCUACACUAAACCAGACCUACACUAAACCAGACCUACACUAGACCAACACUAAACCAGACCUACACUAGACCAACACUAGAUUAGACCUACACUAGACUAGACCUACACUAGACCUACACAAGACCAGACCAACACUAGACCAACACUAGACUAGACCUACACUAGACUAGACCUACACUAGACCUACACAAGACCAGACCUACACUAGACUAGACCAACACUAGACUAGACCUACACUAGACUAGACCUACACUAGACUAGACCUACACUAGACUAGACCAACACUAGACCUACACAAGACCAGACCAUCACUAGACCUACACUAGAGUAGACCUACACUAGACCAACACUAGACCAGACCUACACUAGACUAGACCAACACUAGACUAGACCAACACUAGACUAGACCAACACUAGACUAGACCUACACUAGACCAACACUAGACUAGACCAACACUAGACCUACACUAGACUAGACCUACACUAGACCUACACUACACUAGACCAACACUAGACUAGACCAACACUAGACUAGACCUACACUAGACUAGACCCACACUAGACUAGACCUACACUAGACUAGACCUACACUAGACUAGACCUACACUACACUAGACCAACACUAGACUAGACCUACACUAGACUAGACCAACACUAGACUAGACCAACACUACACUAGACCAACACUAGACUAAACCAACACUAGACUAGACCAACACUAGGCUAAACCUACACUAGACUAGACCUACACUAGACCAACACUAGACUAGACCAACACUAGACUAGACCUACACUAGACCAACACUAGACUAGACCUACACUACACUAGACCAACACUAGACUAGACCAACACUAGACUAGACCUACACUAGACCUACACUAGACUAGACCUACACUAGACCAACACUACACUAGACCAACACUAGACCUACACUACACUAGACCAACACUAGACUAGACCUACACUACACUAGACCAACACUAGACUAGACCAACACUAGACUAGACCUACACUACACUAGACCUACACUACACUAGACCAACACUAGACUAGACCAACACUAGACUAGACCAACACUAGACCAACACUAGACUAAACCAACACUAGACUAGACCAACACUAGACCAACACUAGACUAGACCAACACUAGACCUACACUAGACUAAACCAACACUAGACUAGACCUACACUAGACCAAGACUAGACCCACACCAACACUAGACCUGUGAGAUUGGAUAACACUGCUAACCAUCAUCAUCGUCGUCAUCAUCAUCGUCAUCGAUAUCUCCGUUCACCUCCACAUCCUAGAGAGAGAAACAGUCAGGGUUAGCUAACGUCAGCAGUGUAGUUUCAGGGCUAGCUAACGUCAGCAGUGUAGUUUCAGGGUUAGCUAACGUCAGCAGUGUAGUUUCAGGGUUAGCUAACGUCAGCAGUGUAGUUUCAGGGUUAGCUAACGUCAGCAGUGUAGUUUCAGGGUUAGCUAACGUUAGCGGGCUAACUUGUUGAUCAUGCUUUGCGAAACGAACAACAUGUGGAGUUCAUAUCAGAAACUCUAGGUGGCACCAGAGCCUGUAAUUAGAGAGUUGGGCCUACUUAUAGAACGUCCUUCAGUUACAUACAUUUUACAUUUUUGUCAUUUAGCAGACGCUCUUAUCCAGAGCGACUUACAGGAGCAAUUAGGGUUAAGUGCCUUGCUUAAGGGCACAUCGACAGAUUUUUCACCUAGUCGGCUCGGGGAUUACUGGCACAACGCUCUUACCCACUAAGCUACCUGCCGCCCACAUACAUACAUUUUCAUACUUGUCCCCAGUGGGAAUCGAACCCACAACCCUGGCGUUGCAAGCGCCAUGCUCUACCAACUGAGCUACACGGGACCACAUCGACUCGAUCCAUCGUUUUUGGAAUUUAAUGGCUGUCUAGCUUUAAUUUCUGUGAUUAUUAGCAAGCUGGACACAGUCAAGAAACUUUAUGAAUGUAGAUCCAAUAUAAUUUCUACACAGUCACUUUAAAGUAUACAGAGUUCCCCCCCUUCUUACCUCUCCACUCUCUGCACUGUCGUCAUCUUCCUCUGCAAUUACCUCUUCGUCAUCCUCCUCCUCUUCAUCAAAGUCCUCCUCAGACUCCCCCUCCUCCCCCUCUGUUCCACAGGACAGACCAGAGACAACAUUAGACUCUCCCUCCUCCCCCUCUGUUCCACAGGACAGACCAGAGACAACAUUACUCUCCCUCGUCCCCCUCUGUUCUACAGGACAGACCAGAGACAACAUUAGACUCUCCCCCCUCUGUUCUACAGGACAGACCAGAGACAACAUUAGACUCUCCCCCCUCUGUUCUACAGGACAGACCAGAGACAACAUUAGACUCUCCCUCCCCCCCCUCUGUUCUACAGGACAGACCAGAGACAACAUUAGACUCUCCCCUCGUCCCCCUCUGUUCUACAGGACAGACCAGAGACAACAUUAGACUCUCCCUCCUCCCCCUCUGUUCCACAGGACAGACCAGAGACAACAUUAGACUCUCCCUCCCACCCUCUGUUCUACAGGACAGACCAGAGACAACAUUAGACUCUCCCUCCCCUCCUCUGUUCCACAGGACAGACCAGAGACAACAUUAGACUCUCCCUCCCACCCUCUGUUCCACAGGACAGACCAGAGACAACAUUAGACUCUCCCUCCCACCCCUCUGUUCUACAGGACAGACCAGAGACCAACAUUAGACUCUCCCUCCUCCCCCUCUGUACCAACAGGACAGACCAGAGACAAACAUUAGACUCUCCCUCCUCCACCCUCUGUACCACAGGACAGACCAGAGACAACAUUAGACCUCUCCCUCCCCCCCUCCCCCUCUGUUCCACAGGACAGACCAUAGACAACAUUAGGACUCUCCCCCCCCCCCCCCCCCCUCUGUUCCACAGGACAGACCAGAGACAACAUUAGACUCUCCCUCACCACCCCUCUGUUCUACAGGACAGACCAGAGACAACAUUAGACUCUCCCCCCUCUGUUCCAACAGGACAGACCAAGAGACAACAUUAGACUCUCCCUCCCACCCUCUGUUCUACAGGACAGACCAGAGGACAACAUUAGACUCUCCCCCCCCCCUCCCACUUCUGUUCCACAGGACAGACAGAGACAACAUUAGACUCUCCCUCCCCCCCCUCUGUUCUACAGGACAGACCAGAGACAACAUUAGACUCUCCCUCCCCCCCUCUGUUCUACAGGACAGACCAGAGACAACAUUAGACUCUCCCUCCCACCCUCUGUUCCACAGGACAGACCAGAGACAACAUUAGACUCUCCCUCCUCCCCCUCUGUUCCACAGGACAGACCAGAGACAACAUUAGACUCUCCCUCCCACCCUCUGUUCUACAGGACAGACCAGAGACAACAGACUCUCCCUCCCCCCCCCCUCUGUUCCACAGGACAGACCAGAGGACAACAUUAGACUCUCCCUCACCCCCCUCUGUUCUACAGGACAAGACCAGAGACAAAAUUGACUUCCCUCCCACCCUCUGUUCCACAGGACAGACCAGAGGAAAAUUAGACUCUCCCUCCCCCUUCCCGUUCACAGGACAAACCAGAGACAACAUAGACUCCCCCUCCUCCCACCCUCUGUUCCCCAGGACAGACCAGAGACAAAUUAGACUCUCCUCCCCCCCUGUUCUACAGGACAGACCAGAGACAAACAUUAGACUCCCCUCCCCCCUCUGUUCCACAGGACAGACCAGAGACAACAUUAGAAAUCUCCCUCGUCCCCCUCUGUUCUACAGGACAGACCAGAGACAACAUUAGACUACCCUCCACCCUCUGUUCCACAGGACAGACCAGAGACAAACAUUAGACUCUCCCCCCCCCCUCUGUUCUACAGGACAGACCAGAGACAAAAAUUAGACUCUCCCUCCCACCCCCUGUUCCACAGGACAGACCAGAGACAACAUUAGCUCUCCCCUCCCCCCCUCUGUUCUACAGGAAGACCAGAGACAAACAUUAGACUCUCCCUCCCACCCCCUCUGUUCCACAGGACAGACCAGAGACAAACAUUAGACUCUCCCUCCUCCUCUGUUCUACAGGACAGACCAGAGACAACAUUAGACUCUACCACUCCUCCCCCUCUGUUCCACAGACAGACCAGAGACAAACAUUAGACUCUCCCUCCCACCCUCUGUUCCACAGGACAGACCCAGAGACAACAUUAGACUCUCCCCUCACACCCUCUGUUCCACAGGACAGACCAGAGACAACAUUAGACUCUCCCUCCCCCCCUCUGUUCCACCGGACAGACCAGAGACAACAUUAGGACUCUCCCUCCCACCCUCUGUUCCACAGGACAGGACCAGAGACAACAUUAGACUCUCCCUCCCACCCUCUGUUCCACAGGACAGACCAGAGACAACAGUAGACUCUCCCUCCCACCCUCUGUUCUACAGGACAGACCAGAGACAACAUUAGACUCUCCCUCCCACCCUCUGUUCCACAGGACAGACCAGAGACAACAUUAGACUCUCCCUCGUCCCCCUCUGUUCCACAGGACAGACCAGAGACAACAUUAGACUCUCCCCUCCCCACCCUCUGUUUCCACAGGACAGACCAGAGACACAUUAGACUCUCCCUCUCCCCCUCUGUUCCACAGGACAGACCAGAGACAACAUUAGACUCUCCCUCCUCCCCCUCUGUUCCACAGGACAGACCAGAGACAACAUUAGACUCUCCCUCCCACCCUCUGUUCUACAGGACAGACCAGAGACAACAUUAGACUCUCCCUCGCCCCCUCUGUUCUACAGGACAGACCAGAGACAACAUUAGACUCUCUCCCUCCCACCCUCUGUUUCCACAGGACAGACCAGAGACACAUUAGACUCUCCCUCCCACCCUCUGUUCUACAGGACAGACCAGAGACAACAUUAGACUCUCCCUCGUCCCCCUCUGUUCUACAGGACAGACCAGAGACAACAUUAGACUCCCCCUCCUCCCACCCUCUGUUCCACAGGACAGACCAGAGACAACAUUAGACUCUCCCUCGUCCCCUCUGUUCACAGGAAGACCAGAGACAAAAUUAGGACUCUCCCUCCCCCCCUCUGUUCAACAGGGACAGAAGAGACAACAUUAGACUCUCCUCCUCCCCCUCUGUUCACAGGACAGACCAGAGACAACAUUAGACCUCCCUCCCACCCUCUGUUCUACAGGACAGACCAGAGACAACAUAGACUCUCCUGUCCCCCUCCGUUCUACAGGACAGAAACCCGAGAAACAUUAGACUCUCCCUCCCCCCCUCUGUUCACAGGACAGACCAGAGACCCAAAAUUAGACUCCCCUCCCACCCUCUGUUCUACAGGACAGACCAGGGCGACAAAAUUAGACUCUCCCUCGUCCCUCUGUUCUACAGGACAGACCAGAGACAACAUUAGACUCCCCUCCUCCCACCCUUGUUCCACAGGAAAGACCAGAGACAACAUUUGACUCUCCCUCGUCCCCCUCUGUUCCACAGGACAGACCAAAAGACAACAUUAGACCUCCCCCCCCCCCUCCCCCCUCUGUUCCACAGGACAGACCAGAGACAACAUUAGAAUCUCCCCCCACCCUCUGUUCUACAGGACAGACCAGAGACAACAUUAGACUUUUCCCCCCCUCUGUUCCACAGGACAGACCAGAGACAACAUUAGACUCUCCCCCCACCCUCUGUUCCACAGGACGACCAGAGACAACAUUAGACUCUCCCUCCCACCCUCUGUUUUUACAGGACAGACCAGAGACAACAUUUGACUCUCCCUCCCAAAUCUGUUCUACAGGACAGACCAGAGACAACAUUAGACUCUCCCUCCCCCCCUCUGUUCUACAGGACAGGCCAGAGACAACAUUAGACUCUCCCUCCCACCUCUGUUCCACAGGACAGCCAGAGACAAAAAUUAGACUCUCCCUCGUCCCCCUCUGUUCCACAGGACAGACCAGAGACAACAUAGAAUCUCCCUCCCACCCUCUGUUCUAAGGACAGACCAGAGACAACAUUAGACUCUCCCUCCCACCCUCUGUUCUACAGGACAGACCAGAGACAACAUUAGACUCUCCCUCCCACCCCCCGUUCUACAGGACAGACCAGAGACAACAUUAGACUCUCCCUCCCCCCCUCUGUUCCACAGGACAGACCAGAGACAACAUUAGACUCUCCCUCCCACCCUCUGUUCCACAGGACAGACCAGAGACAACAUUAGACUCUCCCUCCUCACCCUCUGUUCCACAGGACAGACCAGAGACAACAUUAGACUCUCCCUCUCACCCUGUCCCAGGGGGGACUCUCCCUCACCCCCCCUUGUUCCACAGGACAGACCAGAGACAACAUUAGACUCUCCCCUCCUCCCCCUUGUUCUACAGGACAGACCAGAGACAACAUUAGACUCUCCCUCCCACCCUCUGUUCUACAGGACAGACCAGAGACAACAUUAGACUCUCCCUCCCACCCUCUGUUCUACAGGACAGACCAGAGACAACAUUAGACUCUCCCUGCCACCCUCUGUUCCACAGGACAGACCAGAGACAACAUUAGACUCUCCCUCCUCCCCCUCUGUUCCACAGGACAGACCAGAGACAACAUUAGACUCUCCCUCCCACCCUCUGUCCACAGGACAGACCAGAGACAACAUUAGACUCUCCCUCCCACCCUCUGUUCCACAGGACAGACCAGAGACAACAUUAGACUCUCCCUCCCACCCUCUGUUCUACAGGACAGACCAGAGACAACAUUAGACUCUCCCUCGUCCCCCUCUGUUCUACAGGACAGACCAGAGACAACAUUAGACUCUCCCUCCCACCCUCUGUUCCACAGGACAGACCAGAGACAACAUUAGACUCUCCCUCCCACCCUCUGUUCCACAGGACAGACCAGAGACAACAUUAGACUCUCCCUCCCACCCUCUGUUCUACAGGACAGACCAGAGAGACAUCAUCAGCUCAGUCAAGUGCCAUUUCAAUUCGUUGGCUGCGUCUGAACCGGCACCCUAUUCCCUAUAUAGUGCACUACUUUAGACCAGAGAAUGGCACCCUAUUCCCUAUAUAGUGCACUACUUUAGACCAGAGAAUGGCACCCUAUUCCCUAUAUAGUGCACUACUUUAGACCAGAGAAUGGCACCCUAUUCCCUAUAUAGUGCACUACUUUAGACCAGAGAAUGGCACCAUAUUCCCUAUAUAGUGCACUACUUUAGACCAGUGAAUGGCACCCUAUUCCCUAUGUAGUGCACUACUUUAGACCAGAGAAUGGCACCCUAUUCCCUAUAUAGCGCACUACUUUAGACCAGAGAAUGGCACCCUAUUCCCUAUAUAGUGCACUACUUUAGACCAGAGAAUGGCACCCUAUUCCCUAUAUAGUGCACUACUUUAGACCAGAGAAUGGCACCCUAUUCCCUAUAUAGUGCACUACUUUAGACCAGAGAAUGGCACCCUAUUCCCUACAUAGUGUACUACUUUAGACCAGAGAAUGGCACCCUAUUCCCUACAUAGUGUACUACUUUAGACCAGAGAAUGGCACCCUAUUCCCUACAUAGUGUACUACUUUAGACCAGAGAAUGGCACCCUAUUCCCUAUAUAGUGUACUACUUUAGACCAGAGAAUGGCACCCUAUUCCCUACAUAGUGUACUACUUUUGACCAGGGCCCACAGGGCAUUCAUCAUCAUCAUAAAGAGUAAUGAAGACCAGGUCCAGUCAUCUGCCUAGCCAGAUUCAAGUGACCGUGUCACAGAAAAUGGCUAUUAUACGGUGUCCCUUGAUGUUCUGCUCGUUAGUCAACCUUCCAGUUGGUAUUUCUAUCAGAUUUCAGUUCUACUUCAGCAGGUCUUACCUUCAUCAUCGUCGUCCCCGUCUCCCUCUCCGUCCGAGUCGGAGGCCUCGCAGUCUUCGAUAUCGUAGCCAUCCAGGUACGUGAGCUGUGGGAGGAGCUUGAAGAUGCUCUCUCUGUAGUCUCCCAGAUUGGUGACCUCACAGUUAAACAGGUCCAGGGACUUCAAUAUGGGAAGCUUUUUCUAACAGUGGGGGUGGGAGGUUAUAAGUUAUUCCAAACUACAACAAACAUAUUUCACAGUUAGAGUAGACUUAUGAAGAAGCUAUAACAGUCUUAUAACCAGUUAUAAAGAGGUUAUAACCAGUCGUAUUCCCAGCUACAACAGUCUCAUACACAGCUACAACAGUCUUAUCCACAGCUACAACAGUCUUAUCCACAGCUACAACAGUCUUAUCCACAGCUACAACAGUCUCAUCCACAGCUACAACAGUCUUCUACACAGCUACAACAGUCUUAUUCAGUAACAGUUUUAACACCCACCAGUGGUUCCAGUGUGCUGAUGUCCUUGAACUUGUUCCCUGAGAGGUUGAGGUGUGUGAGGUUGACCAGCCGCUCAGCCAGCACCUCCAGACCACCGGAUAUCCUGUUGUCGCUCAGCUCCAGCUACGGCAGAGGAGGAAACACAUUACUCAGCCGAAAAAAAGAAAGGAAAUUCACGAGCACCACGAGGGCCCAACUUCAACCAUAGCUAUACCAAAAUCCCCACAGGAUAGCAGCUUCAUGCUGGUCUACUGGUGAUGCAACAUUAUUUGAAAACAGUAGUGUGGCAGUGAGACCCAGCAUGCUGGCUUGCUACCUUUUCCCUGUUUUGGGUAUGUUUUGAGAUGGGAGAUGAGGCCGUGUGGGAUCAAAAGUAGUGCGCUUGUGAAAGAACUUGGGGUGACAUUUGGGACACAUCCAUAGUAGUUCUACCUUUUUUAAUUUCCCCAGUUUGGGUAUGUUUGAGACGUCUACGAGGCCGACGUUGAUGAGACUCAACAGUUCCAGGUUGUCAAAGUCCUCCGUUAUGCCCUCCAUCUUCCCCUCGUCCGACCGGCAGUUAUCCAGGACCAGCUCCUGAACCUGGGAGAGAAACAGGGUUAG